AUGAUGGCGGCCCACUUCGAAGCGUUGAAGGAGGCGAUUCCUCCCAGCCAAGUCCUUCUCCCUGGAGAAAACGGAUACGAUGAUAAUAUCAAACGUUGGAGUAGCACUUGUGUGCUUCCAGCAGGAGUCGUAGUGUUGCCCAAAACAACAGAGGAGGUCAGCAAAGUGGUCAAGUUCGCAACAUCCAACCAGAUUCGGUUCACUGUGUGCGGUGGUGGACACUCGACAUCCGGUCAAUCUUCCUCAGAUGGUGGCAUGGUCAUCGAUCUUCGAUUGAUGAACAACGUUGAAGUUGAUAAAGCAAACAGCACCAUUGCGUAUGGCGGAGGGGCUAAGUGGUCUGACGUUGACACGGCUGCAUGGGAACAUGGACUUGCUACUCCAGGUGGAACGGUGAGCCAUACUGGCGUCGGAGGUCUCGUCCUUGGAGGUGGGUUUGGCUGGCUCUCUCCGCGCUACGGUCUCACAAUUGAUGUUCUCCUUUCGGUGGAGAUGGUGCUCGCUGAUGGUUCCAUUGUUACGGCAUCCGAGUCUGAGAACCCGGACCUGUUCUGGGCUGUUCGGGGUGCCGGUACGAGCUUUGGAGUUGCAACUCGAUUUACCAGCCGUGCAUUCCCUCAGGGCAAUGUCUUUGCUGGGCUACUGAUCUUCCCACGAGACCGUCUAACAGAUGUUAUUGCCGGUGUGAACGAGUUCCUUACCAAGCAGAACGGCGACCAAGCAAUCCUGAUGAUCAUCGGUUACAGUCCGCCCCCCGAUCGCGCCCAUGUUGUUAUCACUCAAAUCUUCCACAACGGAACACAGGCGGAGGCUGAAAAGUUCUACGAGCCUCUCCUCAAGCUUGGGCCCCUGGCCAACUUGACGAGUGAGAUACCCUACGUCGAGCUGAAUAGCAUGAGCAAUGCAGCUUUCCCGCAUAACCAGAGGUGGCAAUUCGGCGCAGCCAACAUCACUGCGCCCCUCAAUGCUUCACUCAUCACAGAGGUCGCCGAUGCGUUCUACAAGGACAUUGAUAAGUUCAGUGAGGACCCGGCUAAGGAGGACAUGCGGAGCAGCGCUGUAGGCUUCGAGAUCUUCCCCAACGAGAAGACCCGCGAGGUCGACCCCGAGAGCAUGUCAUUCAUGAACCGAGGUGAAUAUUUCAACGCACCAGUGGUGAUGAACUGGAAGGAUCCUGCACGGGAUAAGGAAGUGCGCCAGUGGAAGCAGAAUCUUGCAAACAAGCUUCGUUCGGGGGGCUUUGCUGGAGAUCAUGCGGGCAGCAAGGGAGUUGGGCAGUAUAAUAACUAUGAGGAGCAGCCAAGCAGUGCAGAGCGAGGUUUCGGUGUCAAUGCCAAGAGGCUGAAGGAGUUGAAGCAGAAGUUUGAUCCCGAGAAUCACUUUGACAAGUUAUGGAAGCUGACUUAG